UUCCAGUCUCAUUCCAGCGCUACCAGCUGGCUCUGGGGAAGAAUUCCUAAGCGCAGAAUGGGCUGCUCUGGGGUGCCUUCAGCUGCAGCAGAAGCAGCCCAGAGGAGAAAAUGAGAACCAGCUGCCAGGGCCCUUUAAGCACCCAAGCCCCACCCACAGGCCUGCCCUGCCCUGCCGGGAAGUGAUCCUGUGGCUGGGCGAGGGAGUUUCCUGAUCCGAGGAGUCUGUUGCAGCUAGGCACACUUCUAGAUGUGAGUACGUUGUACUGGUCGCCAAACCCCAAACCAGUGGUGGGUCUCUGUGCCCCUCAAGGCUCGCUUUAGCUCUGUCCUGCUGUCAAGGGCCUUGCUUCUGCUGGGGCAAGUAAGACCUCUCUGAAUCGGAGAAGGAAGCCCUGGGCUUAGGAGUCACCAUGGCGAACGACGAGUCCAUCAUCCGCAUCCCCCCGUACCACUACAUCCAUGUCCUGGACCAGAACAGCAAUGUGUCCCGUGUGGAGGUCGGACCAAAGACCUACAUCCGGCAGGACAAUGAGAGGGUGCUGUUUGCCCCUUUGCGAAUGGUGACUGUCCCCCCACGCCACUACUGCACAGUGGCCAACCCUGUGUCCCGGGAUGCCCAGGGCUCAGUGCUGUUCGACGUCACUGGGCAAGUACGGCUUCGCCACGCUGACCUAGAGAUCCGGCUGGCCCAGGAUCCCUUCCCGCUGUACCCGGGGGAGGUGCUGGAGAAGGACAUCACGCCCCUGCAGGUGGUUCUGCCCAACACUGCCCUCCAUCUCAAGGCAUUGCUGGAUUUUGAGGACAAGGAUGGAGACAAAGUGGUGGCAGGAGACGAGUGGCUCUUUGAAGGACCUGGCACAUACAUCCCCCAGAAAGAGGUGGAGGUUGUGGAGAUCAUUCAGGCCACGGUCAUCAGGCAGAACCAGGCCCUGCGGCUCAGGGCCCGCAAGGAGUGCCGGGACCGGGACGGCAAGGAGAGGGUGACAGGAGAAGAAUGGCUGGUCACCUCUGUGGGGGCAUAUCUCCCAGCAGUGUUUGAGGAGGUUCUGGAUUUGGUGGAUGCCGUGAUCCUUACAGAAAAGACAGCCCUGCACCUCCGGGCUCGGCAGAACUUCCGAGACACGAGGGGAGUGGUCCGCCGCACGGGGGAGGAAUGGCUGGUGACCGUGCGGGACACAGAGGCCCAUGUGCCAGACGUCCACGAAGAGGUGCGGGGGGUCGUGCCCAUUACCACCCUGGGCCCCCGCAACUACUGCGUGAUCCUCGACCCAGUCGGACCAGAUGGCAGGAACCAGCUGGGGCAAAAGCUCGUGGUCAAGGGAGAGAAGUCUUUUUUCCUCCAGCCAGGGGAGAGGCUGGAACGAGGCAUCCAGAAUGUAUAUGUGCUAUCGGAGCAGCAGGGACUGCUGCUGAGGGCCCUGCAGCCCCUGGAGGAGGGGGAGGACAAGGAGAAGGUCUCAUGCCAGGCUGGGGACUGCUGGCUCAUCCGCGGGCCCCUGGAGUAUGUGCCGUCUGCCAAGGUGGAGGUGGUGGAAGAGCGUCAGGCCAUCCCUCUGGACGAGAACGAGGGCAUCUAUGUACAGGACGUCAAGACUGGCAGGGUGCGCUCUGUGAUUGGGAGCACCUACAUGCUGACACAGGACGAGGUCCUGUGGGAGAAGGAGCUGCCCCCAGGGGUGGAGGAGUUACUGAGUAAGGCGCAGGACCCUCUGGCCGACCGGGGUGAGAACAGCACACGCAAGAGCCUGCAGCCCUCAGCUCCCCGGAACAAGACCCGCGUGGUCAGCUACCGUGUCCCCCACAAUGCCGCUGUGCAGGUGUAUGACUACAGAGAGAAGAGAGCUCGUGUGGUCUUUGGACCCGAGCUGGUGUCUCUGGGUCCCGAGGAGCAGUUCACAGUGUUGUCCCUCUCGGCCGGGCGGCCCAAGCGUCCCCAUGCCCGCCGUGCACUCUGCCUGCUGCUCGGACCAGACUUCUUCACAGAUGUCAUCACCAUCGAGACAGCAGACCAUGCCAGACUGCAGCUGCAGCUCGCCUACAACUGGCACUUUGAGGUGAGUGACCGGAGGGACCCCCAAGAGGCGGCCAAGCUCUUCUCAGUGCCUGACUUCGUGGGUGAUGCCUGCAAGGCCAUCGCAUCCCGGGUGCGGGGGGCCGUGGCAUCCGUCACCUUUGAUGACUUCCAUAAGAAUUCAGCCCGCAUCAUCCGCACAGCCGUCUUUGGCUUUGAGACCUCAGAAGCCAAGAGCACUGAUGGCACCGGCCUGCCCAAGCCCCGGGACCAGGCCAUCUUCCCCCAAAAUGGGCUGGUGGUCAGCAGCGUGGACGUGCAGUCAGUCGAGCCUGUGGACCAGAGGACCCGGGAUGCCCUGCAGCGCAGCGUCCAGCUGGCCAUCGAGAUCACCACCAACUCCCAGGAGGCAGCAGCCAAGCAUGAGGCUCAGAGGCUUGAGCAGGAAGCCCGUGGCCGGCUCGAGAGGCAGAAGAUCUUGGACCAAUCGGAGGCUGAGAAGGCUCGUAGGGAGCUCUUGGAGCUGGAGGCUCUGAGCAUGGCCGUGGAGAGCACCGGGACUGCCAAGGCGGAGGCCGAGUCCCGUGCAGAGGCGGCGCGGAUUGAGGGAGAAGGUUCCGUGCUACAGGCCAAGCUGAAAGCACAGGCCUUGGCCAUCGAGACGGAGGCUGAGCUCCAGCGGGUACAGAAAGUACGAGAGCUGGAGCUGGUCUAUGCCCGGGCCCAGCUGGAGCUGGAGGUGAGCAAGGCCCAGCAGCUGGCUGAGGUGGAGGUGAAGAAAUUCACGCAGAUGACACAGGCUCUGGGCCCCAGCACCAUCAGGGACCUUGCUGUGGCUGGGCCAGAGAUGCAGGUAAAACUGCUGCAGUCCCUGGGCCUGAAAUCAACCCUCAUCACUGAUGGCUCCACUCCCAUCAACCUCUUCCACACAGCCAUGGGGCUGCUGGGGCUAGGGUCUGAGGCUCAGCCUGCAGCCAGGAAGGCAGCUGGCAUGCCCACCCCCCAGGGGGGCUUGCCUCUCCAGUCCCUUCCUGUCCCUCAAUCUCCUGGAAGCAACCAGAUCGUGCCUUAGCUCUCUACUGCACUGGCCACUGGCAAAUAAAACUGACGUUUCUGGGCAUUUAAA